GUUGUGCGGUAGGAGUCGGUAUUUGUAUUGCUACGGCCGGAACUGCUACGCCCAUAGUCGCCUCUACGGCUCUCACUUUUGCGGGAGCAGGGGGAAUGGCCGGUUUUUUUAUUGGUGAUAAAGCCGAUAAAGAGUCAGCAGAAAGGGAAAAGAUGAUGAUGCAGGACCAGAGGUAUAAAGACGCUAGAAACCAAUUGGACCAACAAAUAAACGAAAAUUAUCAAACCCAAGACGCUAUAAAUACCAUUGUUGGUAAAAUUAACGGUAAUAUCCAAAGACAACCUAACGAAACUGACGAGUAUUUAAGAAAUCAAUUAGCCAUUCUUAAUGGUGAAUUGGACAGUGGCAAAAGAAGAAUAGGCAUUUUAAGAGGUGAAUUAGAUAAAUUGAGAAAAAACUUGGGAGGUAAUCAGUCAUUAAUGAGCCUUUUAGGCCUGGAUAAAUUAUCUUUUGCUGAUAAAGUGAUAAUUGCGGGCGGGAUAGUGCUG